AUGAAUUCACUCAGUGACGCAAAUACACGCUUCGCAUACGAUCUGUUCCAGGAGUUCAGAAAAUCAGAGAAGGAAAAUAUCUUCUUUUCCCCACUCAGCAUCACAUCAGCCUUAGCCAUGACUUACUUAGGGUCCCAAAACCACACUGCAUCAGAAAUUCAGAAGGUUCUUCACUUUAAUGAAGUCACAGGGAGCACACAGGGAGGAGCCACAAAAGCUCACGUUGAAGAGCCGGGAAGCAUACACCAGCAAUUUCAAAAGCUUCUGACUGAGCUAAAUAAACCCACUGACGCUUAUAAGCUGAGCCUUGCCAACAGGCUCUACGGAGAAAAGAAGAUUCAGUUUCUUCAGGAAUACCUGGAUAAUGUUAAGGAAUUCUACCUAGCCAGUGUGGAAUCUGCUGAUUUUGUAAAUGCUGCAGAAGAAAGCCGGAAGAUGAUUAAUUCCUGGGUGGAAAGACAAACGAAUGAAAAAAUCAAGAAUCUCUUUCCCGAAGGUUCUCUUGACCACACCACUGUUCUGGUUUUGGUGAACGCCAUCUAUUUCAAAGGGCAGUGGAAUAAGAGAUUUGAUCCAGAAGUAACUGAGCCUGGGAAAUUUUGGCUGAACAAGGAUACAAGCAAAUCUGUGCAGAUGAUGCAACAAAGCCACAAGUUUAAUUUUACCUCCCUGGAGGACGUGCAGGCCAGCAUCCUGGAAAUACCAUACAAAGGCGAAGAACUGAGCAUGCUGGUGCUGCUGCCAAAUGAAAUCGAUGGUCUUCAGCAGCUGGAAGCAACGCUCACCGCUGAGCACCUGGUGGCGUGGACGCGCUCCCGGAACGCGAGCCUGAGAGACGUGCGCUUGCAGCUGCCUCGCUUCGCGGUGGAGGAGAGCUACGGCCUCAAGGCCACCAUGGCGGCCCUGGGGAUGGUGGACGCCUUCGACCCGAAGCGCGCUGACUUCUCAGGCAUGACAAGGAGCGGGGGUCUCGUGCUGUCCAAAGUCGUGCACAAGUCCUUCGUGGAGGUGACGGAAGAGGGCACGGAGGCCGCAGCCGCGACGGGCGCAGGAGCUGUUACCACCUCACUCCCCGUUUAUACAACGUUCCGCUGUGAUCACCCUUUCCUGUUCCUCAUCAGGCACAACAAGACCAGCAGCAUUCUCUUCUUCGGCAGGGUCUCUUGCCCGUAG